AUGCACACUGGAGCUUCUGUUCUUGCUUUGGUGUUACCGACUCACUCUUUGGAGGGAACCCCUUCCUCAGUUUUUCAUGUCGAUAUUAUUAAUUUGCAAUAUGUCUCAUUUGAGCAAGAGAAGGUAAAAGGAGAAAUAUCAAACACGACUGCAGUGGUGGAAUUUGUUCUCUUGGGGUUUUCUGAUACUCCCAACCUUCAGUGGAUUCUCUUUGGAACAUUUUUACUCAUGUAUCUGACUAUUCUGCUGUGCAACAGCCUUAUAAUAUUAAUAACAAAAUUCGACCCUGCUCUUCAGACACCUAUGUAUUUUUUCCUUAGCAACUUUUCCUUUUUGGAUAUAUGUUAUGUGACAGUCACUAUCCCCAGAAUGCUCAUGGACCUUUGUACCCAGAAAGGAAAUAUUUCCCUGGUUGCCUGUGCUAUGCAAAUGUUCUUUUUCAUUACAUUGGGAGGCACAGAAUGCCUGCUCCUGGCAAUGAUGGCCUAUGACCGCUAUGUGGCCAUCUGCCACCCUCUGCAUUACACCCUGAUCAUGAAUCACAAGUUCUGCAUGCAGCUGGUGGCCACCUCCUGGGUCUGUGGGGUCCCUGUUAUGAUAGGGCAAACAAGCCAGAUUUUCACUCUGCCCUUUUGUGGGUCUAACAGAAUUGAUCACUUCUUCUGUGACAUCCCCCCAGUACUCAAGCUGGCUUGUGGGGACACAUUUGAGAACGAGAUGGCAGUCUAUGUGGUGGCAGUAGUCUUUCUCACUUUUCCCUUUCCACUGAUCCUCAUCUCCUAUGUCAGAAUUAUCUCCAGCAUUCUGAGGAUGCCCUUGGCCAGAGGGAGGGCUAAAGCCUUCUCCACCUGCUCCUCUCACCUGACGGUUGUGGUCUUGUUCUAUGGAACAGCCAGCAUCACUUAUUUACAGCCCAAACCAAGGCAGGCUGAGGACAAUGGAAAGCUCCUCUCUCUUUUCUACACUGUUUUGAUCCCAACUCUGAAUCCCAUGAUCUACUCGCUGAGGAAUAAGGACAUCAUGUUGGCCCUGAGAAAGCUACAGAGUUAUCAGCAUGGGUUAAACACAUGA